AUGGAGGCUGCUUUUCCAGCUGAGAGCUCUGAUGUCGCUGGUGCGAGCACAGGUGGUGGUGCUACAAGCACGGUUGUUGCGGCUACAAGCAAGCCUGUUGCUGCUACCAGCACAAGACUCCCCGGAGGAGGCACAAUCGCUGUAGGGGAUGCAGAGAGGAGCUUGCUGCAUGAGACGCCUCAAACCACAGCAUCCAAGUCAGGGAGCGACAGGAGCGACCAGGGGGGCUUGGGAAGCGUGGGACGGAGGCUGCUGCGUGAGACGCCUCAAGCCACGGCGUCCAAGUCAGGGAGCGAAGGGGGCGACCCGGGUGCUGCGGGGAGCUCAGGCAGGAGGUCGCUGCACCCGCGGGCUGCAAGGGACAGAGAGAGGAGGAGACAGAUGGCUGAGUCGCUUCAGUCACUGAGGGCCAUCCUGCCAGCUGGCAUCCUCGGGGGGCAGCAAGACUUUGGCUCCAUCAUCAGCAAUGCAGCACAGUAUAUAAGAAGCAUGGAAGCACGACUGCAGGAACUGGAAGCCAUUGAGAUGGACAAGAGCAUCCCACCACACGGUUGUCAAUGA